CGUAGUCGGCUGACUGUCAACGCAGCCUCCACAAUGCGAGCUUGUGAGUGGCUGACUAACCGCGUGCGAGUGGCUUUGUUUCUCGCCGUCUGCUCCAUCGUAUGCGCCGUCUGCGACCCUUUGUGCCAAGAGACAACGCCGUUCCACUACGACCAACCACAGCUGACCUGCUCGGACUUCACCAGCGCCGACGAACUAGAGAGCAACGUACCCGAUAGGCCGAACAAUGGCAAGCUAGAACUUGUCCUAAAGGACAGCCAGUUCGCGUACAUACCACGGUCUGUCUUCCAAAGAGUUAAACCAUCAACGCUUGUUCUGAGCAACGUUACAGUGCGCAGCUACCGGACACCCGAUUCCGACUCCUCCGUGUUUGCGGAGCUUCGAGACACGUUGGAGAAGCUGGUCUUCCACAAGAACAGCAGCCUGCCGGACUCGUGGAGCUUGCUCAAGGACAACCGACUACUCAGCGAGUUGCUACUCUUCAGGAUGGCCUCGCUUCGACUGGGCCAUGACUUCGACGAGUUGCCGGCCAGUGUCAGGGACAUGGCCGUGGUCCAAAGCACGAUCUCAGGUGUGGAUCCCCACUGGCUUUCUUCCUUGGCCAACCUAGAGAGCCUCCGCAUCGACAAGGUCGAUUUGGAGAAGUUCGAAAGAACAAUGCUUCCGAGACCCGCUUCCAAGCUGAAGUACCUCACGAUAACUGGUACAUCCUUGUCGGCGCUAGCCGAAGACUUCGGACAGGACCUGCCAUCUCUGGAGAAGCUCAACCUGAGAAGGAACAAAUUCACCACUUUUCAAGAGGCCGCGUUAGCUCCCCUCAAGAACCGCAGAGUCGUCGUCGAACUCGAGGGGAAUCCCCUGGAGUGCGACUGCAGGAUCCUCUUCCUGCUCGGCUACCCGGACAGCUGGCGGUAUCCCAACUGCGAGAGGCCCGAAACGCUAGCCAAGACGCCACUUCGCCAACUCACGCCGUCCAGCCUGGGUUGCACUGUCGCCUCACCCGGACGUGAAGAAUAAACAAAUAAAACACGCACGCGCACGCGCGCGCGCACGUCUGCGUCUUGUGUGCCGUUUUUCCAACAUGCAAAGUAAGUCAUUCACAAUGGCCAUGUCAGUUUGUUCCGGCAAGUGUCCCGCAAGCGCUUUUUCUUCCUCUUUUUUUUUUUUACAAUAGUCCUUUUUUGCUUUAUUCUUCUCUUCCGCCUUGAUAGCUUGAAGCUUGUUUCGAUUUUGUUGCUGUUGUUCUCCGACACGAGUGUGUUUUUCCAGACGCCAAAAGUCGAGGACGUAAGCAUCGCUAAUAAACUGGGAAAACUUCCAGAGUAUAGAUUGUACUUGCUGUGGAUGGGACAAUGCGGUAGUUUUAUGCGAACUAUGCGUAAAGGCGUUCCCACCUUCAGUUAUCUCGUUGUAUCAUUAUCAUUCCUUUUUUGGAGCCCACCCAUACUUGC